UUCCCAACAGCUAAUAAUAAAAAUAAAUUAAUAAAAAACAGUGUUAAAAAAAUCCAAUUAAUAAAUAGAAUAUAUAUAUAUAUAUAUAUGUAUAAAAAAAAAACAAAAAAGGAAAAAACGGCUACAGGACAAAAGAGUAACACCUAACGAACAGAACAAAAGCCGCAUAUCUUUCUUUUCCCCUCUCUUUCUUGACAUCGGCAGUUGCCACCUUGCCUCUGUUUUACCUGCCCUGCCCCGUCCAGUUCACAUAGCUAAAAUAUUCAAAACCACCCUCCUUUAAAUUCAGCUCCUUCUGCUUUUAUUAACAGCCUCUCGCCUUCUCUGCGUUCCUCUCUAUCUCUUUCCUAUGCACGCAACUCUGGAAAUGAAGGGAUUAAAUACUUUCAUUAAUAACCAUGGCCAACUUCUCUUCAUUUCCUUUUGUAUAUUCUUUGCCGGUUGUUCCAGUCUCAAGUUGGGAGAGACCUGUUCGCUAAAUAAUAAUGACUGCGACGCCGGAUUGAAAUGUGAAACUUGUUCUUUCAAUGGAAAUACCCGACCCAGAUGCACCCGGAUCCAGCCUUUGCCCCCAACAUCAAAGGUUAAUGGUCUGGCUUUCAACAAAUAUUCAUGGCUAACAACCCACAAUUCUUUUGCUAUCAUGAACGCUAAAUCAGAGACGGGUUCAGUUAUUCUAUCUCCUAAAAAUCAGGAGGAUUCUAUUACCAGUCAACUUAACAAUGGGGUUCGAGGGCUUAUGUUAGAUAUGUAUGACUUUGAGAAUGACAUCUGGCUAUGUCACUCUUUUGGUGGCAAAUGUUACAACUACACAGCAUUUCAACCUGCCAUCAAUGUGUUAAAAGAGAUUGAGUCCUUUUUGGCUAAAAACCCAUCAGAGAUUGUCACCAUUUUUAUCGAGGAUUAUGUGACAUCACCCCAAGGCCUGAACAAGGUUUUUAAUGCAUCUGGGCUCAACAAAUACUGGUUCCCUGUAUCGAAGAUGCCAAAGAGUGGUGAAGAUUGGCCAACAGUGGAUACCAUGGUCCAGCAGAAUGAGAGAUUGGUGGUAUUCACCUCCAAGUCAGAUAAAGAGGCCACUGAGGGAAUUGCUUAUAAUUGGAAAUAUGUUGUAGAAAAUCAAUAUGGGGAUAAUGGAAUGAAAGCAGGUUCUUGCCCAAGUAGGGCUGAAUCAUCUCCCAUGGACACAGCAACAAGAUCAUUGAUUCUUCAGAACUACUUUCCAACUAAUCCCAAUUUAACAAAAGUUUGCUUGGACAAUUCAGCUCCAUUGAUUAGCAUGACCAACUCUUGCUAUAUAGCAGCUGGCAAACGAUGGCCAAAUUUCAUUGCUGUUGAUUUUUAUCAGAUGAGUGAUGGUGGAGGUGCACCAGAAGCUCUAGAUAUAGUGAAUGGUCACCUAACUUGUGGAUGUGAUAAUAUUGCCUAUUGCAAGGCAAAUGCCACACUCGGUACAUGCGACAAGCCGGCAAUUGCCCCUCCUCCACCUGCUGCUGCCACUGGAAACUCACAAGCUCCCUCUCCUCCUACUUCUACUCCUGCCAAUGCCGCUUAUAUCGAUACCAGACCGGUACAAUUGUUAUCGGGGACAGUUUUGACCGCAGUGCUGUUAUUAUGGAUGUGAUUAUGGCCAUAAGCCUGUUUACCCUUUAUAUCAGAGUCACGUCAUAAUAUUCUAGAGAUGAAUUGCGGCUUGUUCAUGUCCUCACUUGAGGAAUUUGGUACAUAGGAGAAUGAUUUGUAUUCAUGUUCUCUGAUUUGUGGAUCGCCAUUACAUAUGCAAUUUUUUUUUUCUUUUUUUGGUUUCAUGGGUUUGAAAACCUUGUUAACUUUAGUCUUGUAUACAGUACAACCAUGCUGAACCCCAUUUGCUA